GCUGUUGUGGUCAGCUGUGGAAAGGAAGCCUCAUUGCCACCAUGAACUUCUCCGGCAAGUACCAAGUGCAGAGCCAAGAGAACUUUGAGCCCUUCAUGAAGGCGAUGGGUCUGCCUGAGGACCUCAUCCAGAAAGGGAAGGACAUCAAGGGGGUGUCAGAAAUCGUGCACGAAGGGAAGAAAGUCAAACUCACCAUCACCUAUGGGUCCAAAGUGAUCCACAAUGAGUUCACCUUGGGGGAGGAGUGCGAACUGGAGACCAUGACUGGGGAAAAGGUCAAGGCAGUGGUUAAGAUGGAAGGUGACAAUAAAAUGGUGACAACUUUCAAAGGCGUAAAGUCCGUGACUGAAUUCAAUGGAGACACAAUCACCAAUACCAUGACACUGGGUGACAUUGUCUACAAGAGAGUCAGCAAGAGAAUUUAGACAAGGCUGUAUUUCAUAUUCUUUUACAGUAUAAAAUUAAUACAAUAAAGUUACCUCUGUUUUGAAAUAAU